GAACAGCCAGAACAUCUAAAAACAGCUUUUGUUCUUCUUGAUUUUAUAUCAUAAAAAAAUAAGAAUGAAGACUAGUGCAAAGAAACCUCAUCGUUCCAUCUGAACAAGAAAUUGCUGAAUAAGAUCACCAAAAAACAUCCGAUGGUACUGGUAAAAACAAAUUAAAAAAAAAAAACAAUUUAUGAAGCACGACGUCAUAUCCUCUCGACGUUUACACCACGUCAUAAUCACGAAUAAAACAUGGAAAAGAACAUGGUUUUACCUUCAAGACUUGUGAUAAAUUUUGUAUUUUUUCGUUACGUAAUAAAUGAAUGAUCCCUUAAGAGUAAUUUUAAUUCCUUUAAUUUUAUAUCGAUUGCUAACAAACAAACGAUUAAAAUUGUAUAUGUACUACGACGUACUAAGCCCUCAAAACACGACAUUUGCAGCCAGUACAACAUGAACCUUCGGAUCAGAACGUAUUUUGUAUUCAUAGCUAUCUUCUCCGUACAAGCUGUCACCGCCGAACGAUCAAUCGACGUUGCUCAGUAUGUGACGAAUGUGACUCAUUUUAUCGAGGAUCAGUACGCCGGAUCAUUCGUCUGCUGGUUGCUUCAAUACAGCGUAGAAUUCCUGCCCGGAUCACUACACAACACACUGGCCCAAUCGCUGUUUGCUCGCGAAAAUGUGCUUCUGAUACAGGCGGAUCUCUACACACCUUAUAACUCUUCGUAUCUCACGCCCAACAUGGUUAUCAUCUUUGUCAAAACAUUGAACGAAGAUGUAAACAUAACUCAUUUAAACCACUGGCUCGAUGCAACACCAAGUCAAGCAGUCGUAUUCAUCCUGUUCAGCCUCACCAAUCCAUCGCUGGUGCCUUCAGUUGCUGAAAACUUUCUGUUACAUGGAAUAAUUAAUUUGAUAAUGAUUUCUACAAACCAAGAUGCUAUCUUCACUUUCCAGUAUGCUCCAAUAAGGACCUUAACGCAUACUGGCUUUCCGCAUCCACAAACAUUGCUGUACAAUCGACUGAAGAAAUUAAAAGUGCGAUCAACGAUAAUAAGCAUCGUAAGAGAUAUAUAUACCAAUCCUGUUGAAGGAGAUACCGAAGGAGAAGACGCUAAGCUGUUCAAACUGUUCUUCAAAAGAUUCAACAUAACUCCAUCAUUUCUCGAAAUAAUUUGUUCGUUUAACAAUAAUUCGCUUUUGCGAUGUCUUCAACAAUCGAAUGGUCUCUUUUUUGCCAAUCGCCUUUCUUUCACUAAAUAUUCUCCUCAAUUGGUUGAUACAAUGGAAGUAGAUAAGAUAGUUAUUUUCGCUCCUAAGGGAGAAACUAUGACAUUCGCCAGAAUCAUACUAGAGCCAUUUCAGUCCAUCGUGUGGAUAUUGCUACUAAUUUUGUGUUCUAUCGUUUAUUUGAUAUGCCACCUUUCUCCAAACCUUAUCCAAAAUGAUUUACUUCUUCUUGCCCUAAUGGGUAUAGAGAAGAAGAAUCUAAGAUUUACUAGUCGUUUUGAAAAGUUGUUUGCCGCUUCAUUGAUUAUACUGUUCUUUCAACUCAAGUGUGCCUACGAAACUAAAUUUAUAUCGUACAUGAUCGAUAGACCUACCGAACCCGACCCCAGGACGAUCGCAGAUCUUCACCGUAGAAACUGUCAGGUAAUCGUCAACUCCCACACAUUCAAACCACAUCGAUUCCAUGAACCGUUGGGUGAAUUAAUGCUGGUUUCUAAUGACCGUUCAGUGGAAGUAAAAGACAAAGCUCUCUUGGUCUAUCACAUACGUCUACAGAUGAUUUUGAAGGAUGCCGUGAAUAUAGAUCCAGCCAAUGGAAAACACCGAUUCGUUGUACUCCAGGAAACAUUAGGCGAAGAAUUAUCAUUUUACUUUUUUCGCCAAAAUAGCCUGUUUCAGCAAGAAUUUAUGCAGUUUCGGCGAUUUGUUUUCGAGGCAGGAUUUCAACAACACUGGAGAAAAAUAAUUAAGACAUUCUAUGAUAGAAAAAGGUGGAACAUUAUUAGAAAUAUGUUCAGUAUCGAGGAUGCGAUUAUUCAACUCAGUACUCUUAAACCACUAUACAUCUGCAUUAUUCUGCAAUGGCUUCUUGCAAUAGUUGUUUUUAUAUGUGAAUUAAUAGUCUUUUAUGCACCAUUUUGGAAGAAACAAAUUAUUGAAGCAAAGUUAAUAGGGAGAAAGCACAAAGUAUAA